AUGAUUUCGCAGAAAAGAAAGCGGUGUGAAAAGCCGCUUGACACUGACAGUAACAGGAAUUAAGUCUAAUCUUUGAUUGGACGUGAAACUAAGGCAUCAUCAUGAGUAUUAUGGACUAUAACGGUGCGGCUAUCAUAGCCAUGAAGGGGAAGAACUGUGUUGCCAUUGCCUCUGAUCGAAGGUUUGGAGUCCAAGCUCAGACCAUCAGUACAGACUUUGACAAGAUCUUUGAGAUGGGACCACGUCUGUAUAUCGGCCUUGCUGGUUUGGCCACAGAUGUUCAGACAGUUUCUCAACGCCUAAAGUUCAGAUUAAAUCUCUAUGAAUUGCGAGAAAAUCGGAGGAUAAAACCGAAGACCUUCAUGAGCAUGGUGUCCAAUUUGCUAUAUGAAAGGAGGUUUGGACCAUACUUUGCUGAGCCCGUUAUAGCAGGUCUUGACCCUAAGACUCAUGCUCCAUACAUAGCCUCCAUGGAUUUGAUUGGCUGCCCAAUGGUGACGGAUGACUUUGUCGUCAGUGGGACGUGUUCAGAGCAGAUGUACGGCAUGUGUGAAUCUCUCUGGGAGCCCAAUUUGGAGCCAGAUGAUCUUUUUGAGACGAUAUCCCAGGCAUUGUUAAAUGCUGUGGACAGAGAUGCAGUGUCUGGUUGGGGGGCCAUAGUUCACAUCAUUGAACAAGACAAGGUAACUACAAGAACGCUGAAGGCUCGAAUGGACUAAUGGCUCUUUCAUGCCGCCAUUUUCCUGUUCCUGUUUCCAGCCAUUUUCCAGUUCAUCAACCAUUGUUAGACAUUUCUGCAGAUAAGCCAGACGAUGAUUAUGAGUCUGUCCUGAACAUUUCAAGGCUAUGUUUGAAAGAAAUGAGUGCUAUCAAAUUUCCUUACAGACCAGAUAAGAAGUCAAAAUAAACAUGAUGAUAUGUGGACUUCAGUCUUGUCAUGAUUGUUGUCGUGAUAAACAGGCUGCUAAAUUGGCGGUUAACAUCUGUUACUGAUUGAAUUGCUUAGUCUUAUGUGGAGGCAAACUCAAAGAAAUAAGACCUUUCCCCUCUGCUAUCUAACAGUCACCUAAGGAAACAUUUGUGAAGGCAAAUUUAUGUCCAUACAUCACAAUUCUGGAACACCAUCUUCGUGUUUUGUAUGAUUUCAUUGCAGUCAUCUUUGCACUUUGGUGCUGUCUGACAUGAAGUGCCCAAUUGCUUUGACACAUUGUCACUAGUUUGAAAUUUAAUAACUUACCUUAGCAAGUGUAAAGGAGACAACAAAGAAGACAUUGCAACAGACUUGUUUAAGUAAUAACAGAUUGCAGGGUUUCUUGGUCAUGUCGGUUUUGACGUCACUGUAUAGAGAUAUGUGCUCUGUCUGAUUUCAACAUGCCGGUUGUAAGGCUGUUACGAGGGAAACAUGUGACCUGUUGAGUGUUCAUACAAAUAAAGCUGUAACUGCCCGUUGGUCUUGAACCCGGAAUAUUCUCACAAUCAGCUGUCAUUCUCUGUAUAUAGUCAAACAUGGAAUAAAUACAUGUAUUUAAAAUUA